UUGAAAAGUGAGGCGGCACAUUUUCGCUGGGGAAUACACCGUUUGCACCGUUAGUUUGAAAAUUUAAAGCAACCAUAGCCAUAGUGAACUAUUUGGCGUGGGUGUACGAUUGUCAACUCACCAGCAAAAUCAAGCAAAGGUCAGGGCUUAGAGAGCUGACUUGUCUAAAAUAAAGUACAGAUACACAACUGAGUAAAGCGUCUUAUUUGAUGAAGUUUUGAUUAAAACUAAUCAACUGAAUUGGAAUAAUCAAAGAAGUGGCGGCAACACAAUCGGCGCAUGGGCUUAUUUAGAACAAUUCGAUAAUCGUAAACGAAUUGCAAGUCAUAAUUUUUUAUAAACAAUCCGUAAGCUGAGCAAAAGAGGCACGAGCAAAAAAUGGCGGAUAUGAACGCAACCGACAGUGACGUAUGGAGUUUCCUAUUCACCGAAUUGGCUGAUGAACGUACAAAUGAUUGGUUUCUAAUUAAGUCGCCGGUGCCGAUAUUCUCCAUUGUUGCGCUCUAUUUGUACUUUGUGCUCUCUUGGGGACCGCGUUACAUGCGCGAUCGCAAGCCAUUCCAAUUGGAAAAGACUUUGAUUGUGUACAAUUUCUUACAAGUAGUGGUUAGCGCUUGGAUGUUCUAUGAGGGUUGCGUUGCAUGGCGUUAUUACAAUUGGCGUUGCCAGCCGGUGGAUCGCUCGUUCAGUCCACGAGCCGUGAGGGAAGCGUUUGGCGUCUACGUCUACUAUCUGGCUAAAAUCACCGAAUUGUUGGAUACCGUCUUCUUCGUGCUGCGUAAAAAUGAACGUCAAGUCACAUUUCUGCAUGUCUACCAUCAUUCCGUUAUGCCAUUGAUCUCAUGGGGUACCACCAAGUAUUUUCCCGGCGGCCAUGGCACCUUCAUCGGUUGGAUUAACUCAUUUGUGCACAUCGUUAUGUACACCUACUACUUCUUAUCGGCAUUUGGACCAAAAAUGCAAAAGUAUUUGUGGUGGAAAUCACACAUUACCACACUGCAAAUGGUUCAAUUCUGCAUGGUCUUCAUACAUCAAACUCAGCUGCUUUACACCGAUUGCGGUUAUCCCAGAUGGAGUGUGUGCUUCACGCUGCCCAACGCCAUCUUCUUCUACUACCUCUUCAACGAUUUCUACCAGAAAUCAUACAAAAAGAAACAACAAGCACAAGCAGAUGCCCUGAACGCCAAAUGCGCCGCCGCAGCUGCAGCUGCAGCCAACGACAACAAUAACGAUGUAUGCGCCAAGAAUCUGAACGGUGUACCGGAAAUCACCGCGAACACGGCACAAGCGAAGAAGCAUCUGUAAACUUCGGCGACGCUAAAGUUGUUCGUUGGAAGCCUCAAAGCUUUUUAGGAAAACCAAACUGGCCGCUGUGCCGACGCCGUUCCUGCCAGGCUGUCAGCCACAUCUCUAUCUCAGUUGUAUAAGUGGUAUUAUUUUUAAGCGCAAUCAAAUUACCAUGUCUUGCUCGUAUCAUUGCCUAUUUCUAUAACUGUAAGUACGUUUAUGUGUAUGUUUGUAUUGAUGUAUCGCGUUGGGGGUUUUAGCUCGUAGUUCUUAGUAGUUAUGUAAGCGUCACUUAAGCCGGUUAUUUUUAAUUGAUUUAUGUACAUAUUCACCGCAAGGAUCCAGAUAAAUAACCGAUAAGUAGCCGAUUUUUUGUGUAUUCUAACUAUACAAAUUAUUAUUUCUAAGUCAAACUGAGUCUUUUAGAAGUCUUGUUGGAAUUUGUACGUACAAUGUCAGUAAUUUGCUGAGGAAAAUUCAUAAUGAAUUUUCUUCUCUCCAGCAAAUAAGAAGUCAAUAACGCGCUUGUACCUUAAGUUAAGGCAAAACAAAUAUAAGAAAAUAUUGUAUGAAAUUGGUAAUUAUCAUAAACAAGUUUAUGCGUAUGUAUGCUUUUAGUUUUAUAUACCGUUAUUAAGUCAU